AUGGCUUCCGAGGACGUCACACGCAAUUACCGCGGCUACCCGGAGCCCCCUUCGCGGGGUUUGGUCGCACAGUGGGUCAAGAAGGCGUGGGAUGCCUUGACCGCGGAUGAAAUCCGCUCGAGCUGGAGGAAGGCUGGCCUGCUGCCGCCCUUCGACGGGUCGGAAGACGAGGCCUGGACCAAUAAGGAGCUCGGCGCCAACGCCAAGGGGGAGCCCAUCGGCGCGCCAUCGGACGCUGCGGACAAGGCUGACGCGUCGUCCGGAGGCGAGAACUUGCUGGAGGUGUUGGACAUCGAGGAUGAUGACGACGCGGGCGUGGUGGUGGUGGACGUGAGCGACGACGAGGGCGAGGAGCUGUGA